UCAGCGCGAGCCCGCGAGAUGCCGGUGUCGGCUGCCCGAGCGGCUGCAGCUGCAGCGGCGGGGGAGGCGGCGGCAGAGGAGGCGGCGGGGCCCGGGAGGGGGGUGGCGUGGGGGACCGGCGCGUAGCCGGGACCAUGGAGGGGCAGAGCGGCCGCUGCAAGAUCGUGGUGGUCGGAGAUGCGGAGUGCGGCAAGACGGCGCUGCUGCAGGUGUUCGCCAAGGACGCCUAUCCCGGGAGUUAUGUCCCCACCGUGUUUGAGAACUACACCGCGAGCUUUGAGAUCGACAAGCGCCGCAUUGAGCUCAACAUGUGGGACACUUCAGGUUCCUCUUACUAUGAUAACGUCCGGCCUCUGGCCUAUCCUGAUUCUGACGCUGUGCUCAUCUGCUUCGACAUUAGCCGACCAGAAACACUGGACAGUGUUCUCAAGAAGUGGCAAGGAGAGACUCAAGAGUUUUGCCCCAAUGCCAAGGUUGUGCUGGUUGGCUGUAAACUGGAUAUGCGGACUGACCUGGCCACACUGAGGGAGCUGUCCAAGCAGAGGCUUAUCCCUGUCACACAUGAGCAGGGCACUGUGCUGGCCAAGCAGGUGGGGGCUGUGUCCUACGUGGAGUGCUCCUCCCGGUCCUCUGAGCGCAGCGUCAGGGAUGUCUUCCAUGUGGCCACCGUGGCCUCCCUUGGCCGUGGCCAUAGGCAGCUGCGCCGAACUGACUCACGCCGGGGAAUGCAGCGAUCCACUCAGCUGUCAGGACGGCCAGACCGAGGGAAUGAGGGCGAGAUACAUAAGGAUCGAGCCAAGAGCUGCAACCUCAUGUGAGGGGCUAGGAGGGGGCAGGGUGUGAAGCGGGUGGUGAGGGACACAAUUGUUUCCCUGCCUGCGCCCAGGCUUCCUGACCUCCUGAGCCUGUCUGGGAAGUCUGGGCAGGCAGAGCAAGCAAUUCUUCUGGCAGGGGAGCUGGAGGGCAGAAGGGCAUCAUUUCUCAUAUCCUCCUCCCUUCUCUUCUCCAGUGGAUGUUGAGGGAGCUGACAGGGCUGGCAUCUGGGGCAUGAACUGGGAUGGGGCAGGUGGGGGUUAGGGAAGCUGGUAUCAAACAGUGACCUCAGUGGAGUCUCCUAUGUGAAGGGUACCCUCCCUCUCCACCCCCACCCUCCAUAUCCUGGUUCUCCAUAUCCAAGGAAAAUGUCCAUUCUGUGACCUUCUCUUUUCCUCUCUUCUCACUUGUGCAGCUGUUCUCACUCAUCUUAACCUCUAGGCAACAUGCACUAAAUUCAAAAGCAAGGAGAAACCCCUCCCCCCAUCAGUCCACAAGGCUUAGAACCUCCCUUGCCCCAGUAGUCACCCAAUAAAGCCCAAGUCCAUGGAAAACG